CAUCAUCGCAGAUCUCUCCGUCCUCCAACUCGCCCUCCUCUCUGGGAGAACCACUCUCGGUGUUCAAAUCCAUCUUGUACUUCACUCUAAACUAACCCGCUGCCUACCGGUGGUGAAGUCAGCGGACUGAAACCGUUGACAGGCACGUGAGCUGUUGACGUCAUCAGGAGAAGGGGAAGAAGACAUGGCGGCGGACUCUGUACUGAAGGUUUUAUUUGAACAUGAAGGAGUCUUCAUCCAUCCCAGCAGCGAUGAAGACGGCACAGAGCAGGAUUUACUGAUCUCAGGCUCACUGCGGAUCGUUGACAAGGAUGCAGAAGUGCUGGUGGAGUACAGACCGCUGGAGGACACAGUCGACCCCUCCAACAUGCUGUGUGCUGGAAAGGACUCGAGCUCAGUGAUGGAGUGGGACCAGUGUUCACGGGAGAAGUCCCAGCAGCUGUUAGAGACCCAGCAGAGCUACGAGACCGAGUGGGACAUGAUCAACGCCGUGUCCUUCAAGAAGAAGAGCUGCACAAACGGCGAGGGCUCUCUGAAUCACAGCCAUGAGAGGAGCAGGUGGGCGUUUAGCUUCAGUGUCAGUGAGCUCAGGUCCGUCACAGUGAAGGAGGAAGGUUGGACCUUCCUGCUGCUCAAACUGAAGGAGUCCUGCAGCUCUCUGCCUGCGCUGCACUUUCACCAGGGCGGCAGCACAGAGUUCCUGGACAGCUUGAGGAGGUUCGCUCUGCUCAGCGAGGCUGCAGGAGAUGACGCCUGUCUGCUGGUCAGCUCUCCUAACAGAGCUCUGUCUCAGUCCUUUGAGAACCUGCUGGACGACAACAACUUCGGCCUCGUUAAUCAGAAGUUCAGGAAGGACCCGUACAUCACCACGCUGGGCGGUUUCUCCAAAGUCACAAACUACAUCUUCGAUGCUUUCCGGGGGACAGAGGAGCAGCACCAGCGGCCCCCGGAGGAAGUGGCCGACCUGCUGGGGGAGGUGAUCCCGGGGCUGGAGAUCAACCAGCAGGAGGAACCCGGCUUUGAGGUCAUCACCAGGAUGGACCUGGGGCCCCGCCCUGAGGUGAGGAGAGGGACUGCUCUGUCAACAGAGGACUGGAGCAGACAUCAGGAUGCAGAGGGGAGGAUGAUGAACGUCGCUCUGCUCAAACAACUCAUCUUCAAAGGAGGACUGUGUCACGCUGUGAGAAAAGAAGCCUGGAAGUUCCUGUUGGGAUAUUUCCCGUGGGACAGCACGCUGGAGGAGAGGAAAGUCCUGCAGAGAGACAAAAUGUACGACCUUACUUCAUCAUGGGGCCAGUUUAUUAGUGAUGAGUACUUCAGGAUGAAGCUGCAGUGGAAGUCGGUUAGUGAGCAGCAGGAGAGGAGAAACUCCAGACUGAGAGACUACAGGAGUCUGAUAGAGAAAGACGUGAAUAGAACAGACAGAACCAACAGGUUCUACGAAGGCAUCGAUAACCCGGGUCUGGUCCUGCUGCACGACAUCCUGAUGACCUACUGCAUGUACGACUUCGACCUGGGUUACGUUCAGGGGAUGAGCGACCUGCUGUCUCCCGUCCUCUACGUGAUGGAGAACGAGGUGGACGCUUUCUGGUGUUUCGUCUCCUUCAUGGACCAAAUGCACCAGAACUUCGAGGAGCAGAUGCAGGGCAUGAAGACUCAGCUGAUUCAGCUCAGCACUCUGCUCAGACUGCUGGACCUCGCCUUCUGGAAUUACCUCGGUAAAUACAACUACUCAUCUGUGUUGGUGUGAAACAGCUCCAGAUAUUCAGACAUUGCAGAUACAGUAUGUUCAUCCUCUCAACUCAAUGUUAACAUCACAACAGAUAUUCAUAUUAAUGGUUUGUGACAUGUGCAGGUUUGUCUUUAAUAGUACAUAUAAAAAGUCAGAUUUUUUUAUGUAGUGCUUUCAAAACAAAAGUUACGGAAUAUUUUAAAAUAAAAGCAUUUACAA